UCGAAUACAAAAAAUGUAAACAAAACACUCGUAAGAGAGAGAGAGAGAGAGAGAAUACGCACGAGAGAAAAUGAGAAUCAGAUUAACGAUGUGUCGCCUCAAACACUCAAAAGGCGCCAAUAGCCGAAGUCAAAAAGCUUUCCUUACUUAUGCAGAGACGAGGGCAAUUAAAAGUGAAGAAGGCUAAGCUGCAAAGAGAAGCGAGGAGAUACGAGUACAAACUUGAGUGAAAAUAAGCGAUAUGUUGUAGUCGUUCGUGCGGAAGAAAAACUGAAGAAAAUUUUGGCAAAUGCCAAAUGACGAAGCCUUUAGUAUUGAAUGAAACGUGUGCGUGUACGGUUGAUUUUUCGUUUAUUUGCUUCGACUUAUGGUCAAUUUCAAGUGAACGGACAAAGCGACAGUCCGCAGACUGAUCGUUAAGUUUAUCUAUUAAAGCAAAACAAAAAACGUUUUUCUUUUUUUUGUUUUUGGAAUGGAAUCCAAAUUCGUUGAAAUAACUUUGUAUGACUACCAAUUUUGCUUUGAAAACUUGUGAAUUCAUUUUAAAUUCUGUGGAAUAAAAUUGCUUUGCUGGAUUAUGAUCGGACAAGAGAGGAUUUUAAGAAAAGUGUAGCCUUUGAAAAAAUAGUGAUAUCACCCUCAUCACACCACAUCAAUGCUUUGCAUACCAAUUGACCAUUUGCCUCUAAAAUUCCAUUGUCAUCUUCGUGUAUUUUAAGUGGUGAAAGCCCAUCAGUUAGGCUAAAAUUUGCACCAUGACAAUAGUGAUAGUGCCGCAUGAAUUUGUCCCAGCUAAAUGAUUACAUGCUACAUACCACUACCAAUGUAUGAAUGAAUGCCUGGUUGUAUGAAUGAACAGAACUGGACUGAACGAAUUCUGGCAAAUGGAAGUUUUUUUUUUUAAAUUUUUGUGAAUAUAUGCGAAAUAUCUUAAUGCAGUGAUUGUUGGCUGCAUUAAAAGAAGCCCAACAGAACAGAAUAAACAGAUGCCACAAGGCUGCAUCAUCCUCUGAUAUUCAUUGUUAUGUGGCUCAAAUUUAUUACCACAACAGGCCACAGACUCUGGUAGCCUUUCAUGGGCAUAUUUUCCAAAAGUGCAAUUGAUUGGAAAAUCGCUUAAUUUGAUGGCACACAAAAAUUACAAAGAAUGCGCGCACAAUUGAAUGAACGAAAGCUCUGAUAAAGCGAAUCAAAUCAAUUCAGCCAAAAAAGGGGAGAGGAAAUCCCAUUUUGCCAAGUCCCACUCUUGCAAAAUUAUAAGGCAAUAUAAUUACAUUACUUUUAUUUUAUCAAUUGUGAUCGUAUUGAUGAUGAGCAGUUCACAGUGGUGUUAAAAAUAGUCUUUUUCCUUACCAACACAAGAAGCUUCCCAGAUCAGUUAAAUAAAUGAAAACUUUUUUAAUGUCUAUUGACACUAAACUCAUGCCAUGUUGAAUGAUAUCUCCGGCGAUUCCUCAAGCAAUUUCAAUUUUCAUUUAUCAUCAUCUUUGUCACAAAACAAAUUGAAAUCUUUGCUAAAUUCAAAAUCGAAUGACAGUGCGAAUGAUUCUCAGCCUUUAACAUCAGUGCGUGAGUGUGGUGAUGAUAAGUGUUUAGAUUCCAAAAGUCUGUUAAUCUCCGUUUCAACCAAUGGUGCUGAUAAUCUAAGCUGGAAAUUUUUCGAACACGUUGAUACGCUCGAUCAUCAGUUGAGGAAUGAUGAGUCAUCUCCACCAGCGGCACUUUUGAAUGGCACAGCAUUAUCAUCGUCCAAUGCCACAUCUUCGUCAUCAUCAACAUCGGUGCAGCCUGCAGUAGAGACCAAUGACGUCGGCAAGUCUGUCAAUACGACAAUGAGUAGUGCACUAGGUAUGCAAGUCAGCCAUAAUUAUAAUUCCUCAAUUCCACCACCAACUCAGCCCCCAUUGCCACAUGGCAAUAAUCGUAAAAGUAAUGGUUAUGCGAUCAAUGGCACUUUACUACAACCUCCCGAAAUUCUUUCACAGACUUCUAGUGCAACAGCGGUCACAGCUACCACCUCAAACUCUGCUGCGGUAUUGGCAAAUGAUUUGAAUAAAACAGAGAUACGCGAUACGAGAGUUCAAAGCCAACAGCAACACCAACAACAGCCAUUACAACAUUCCGAAGGAGGCUCAACUUUUGUAUUCACCUCACCCACAUCGACAUUUAAGCGCAAGAAGCAACAACAACUGCUGAAAGAGGAAGAACUGCAAAACAAGAGCCGGCAAUACGAGCAGUUGCAGAACAACAACAAUAACAAUACUCAGGCAAACAAUGGCUAUGGUCUUAGCUCGGCCACAAAAAGGCCACCAUUAGGAUCGAAUGAAAGUGCAACAACCUUAAGUGAAGAUUACAGUAAUUCAACGACCAAAGGAAGUCCCAACAACUUGGCCCUCAUAAGACACCAUUGGGGUCAGCUACAACCGGCACAGCAGCAUAAUAGCCAUUACCAGCAUCAGCCUCAGGAGCAGCCAGCACGUCCGUAUUAUCAGCAACAUCGUUCCAACAACGGCACCACCGCCAAUGAUACAAAGACGGUGAUAAACAGCAACACAGGUGUGAUUAUCACAGACACCUCCAUUCUUAACUACGCCUCAACAUCGUCCACAUCCUCACUAAUCGCCAGCGGAAAAGGAACUGCUCCAACGGAAAACGGUAACGGAACGACCGCAAAUCGUUCGACACGACGUACACACACCCUGCCUCUGGCGGCUGGCAAAGCAGCUACAGCGGCUGCCAUCACAAAACUGCAUCAGCCAUCUUCCUCCUCAUUCAUUGCCGAUGGGGUGGUGGAUUUAGUGCAUGACACUAAAUGUGCACCAUCUGCAUCGACAUCAUCGUCACCGCCUCACCUGAAAUCAAAUUUUAAAACGAAAAGCUCCACCGCCACAACGUCAACGAAGCGCCACCUCAACACCUCCACAACGGCCACAGUCAAUAAUUCAAGGCAACAGCAUUUGACGGCUAAAAUGCAAGCGAGUAGCAGUGGGGGCAGUGGGACCACAACAACGGCCAAGGGUUUUAGCAACACUUCGAGUCUAGUCGAUGACAUUGAAAUGAAUUUGGGCCUAAUUGGAUGGCGCAAGAAGUGCCUAUAUACCCUGUUGGUACUUCUAAUGCUGUUGAUAAUCAUUAAUUUGGGUCUGACACUUUGGAUACUGAAGGUCAUGGAAUUCUCAACGGAAGGCAUGGGCCCACUUAAAAUUGUUCCUGGAGGCAUACAACUUUCUGGGCAAGCGUUGAUUAUGGAUAUGUUAAGAGCCUCAUCAAUACGCUCCAGGCACGGUCAGCCAAUAUCGAUAGAAUCAUCACGUAAUUUUUCAAUCAAUACACGUGGCCCGGAUGGUCUGCUGGAAAAUCAUUUAUUUCUGGGCCACGAUAAGCUCGAAUGCUUGGCGACAUCAUUUCGCAUCAAUGAUACAAACGGAAGGAAUUUAUUUUCCGUAAAUCGAGAUGAAGUCACCAUUGGUGCUCACGCUUUGCGUGUAGAAGGCGAAGGUGGUGCCAUAUUUCGUGAGUCCAUACAGACACCGCAUGUACGUGCUGAGCCAGGACGCGAAUUAAGGCUAGAAUCGCCCACACGUCAAUUGGAAAUGAAAGCUGCACAGGAAAUAAAUCUACAAUCACGUGCUGGAGGCAUUGAAAUAACAGCACUGGAGGAUAUUAAACUGACAACGCUGGAAGGCAGUUUACGCUUUGAAUCAUCGAAAAUAUUCAUGCCCAACCUAAGAACCGUACCCCCCAUACAGGGAGCACCACAAAAGGACCACACACAUCGUGUAUUUCAAUUGUGUGCCUGUUCCAAUGGCAAAUUGUUUUUGGCCAGCUCACAUUCGUCGUGUGCCGGUGAUGAUAGUACCGUCUGCAGAUGAUUGAAAUCGGAUAAUGCAAAGGACAAUAACUCAAAGAACUAUUGAAUAAAAAGCAAAUCUCAAACAAAAACACACAAAUGAAUCAUAAGAACUGACAAUGCGCCUGAUGCAGGGGUUUUAGGUAAAUAAUUCAUUUAUAAGAACCAAAAACAAGAAAAACCACACAAGCAAACAGAAUACUAAAAUUAGCAAAAACAAAAAAAAAACUCUGUAGUUUUUCUAAGAAAAUCAAAAUAAAAAAAAAAUAGUAAUUAUAGUUGAAUAGGUACAAUUAAUAGUAUUAAAGCAAAAACUAAUAAAAAUCGUAACGAUAAUUAUAAGUUUAUAAAUGAAGUAAAAGCCACAUAAUAUUUUUUUGUUGUGUUACCAGUGAGAGAGACAUAAUCCAAUUAAUAUUUGAUAGGGUAUUCAUGUGAAAUUAAAGAUACAAUACAUGCAUAUCGACAAAAAUUAAUAUCAAUUCAGAAGGAAAUGAAGUCAUUGAUAUACUAAAUUAUAACAACGAAAUUCUAGAGUUUCUA